UCUUUACGGCUCUGGCUUUCACUUUCUCUCUCUACGUCGACGGAUUUUCCACAACGAAACAACGAAAGAAAGAUACCAACACUAGUAAUCAAUCAAUUCUAAAGAGAGAAAAGCAAAGAAAGAAAGACACACCAAGCGAAUUUCUUCAGAAACCCUAAUUCUACUAGGGCACUAGAAUUUCUGCCCCACUUCUCUUCUGUUCUCUAUUCUUUUUCGAGAAUUUUAUCAUUCUCUAAUACCAGAUCUGUUUGCUUCACUUUUCUUUCGUUGAGGUGUAUUUGCCGCCGAUACCGGAAGGAGACGAAAAACCCUAGGUUUUUGGGGUGUGGUGUGGCGUUGUGCCCCAUGCUAUAGAGUGGUGGUUUUUCAUGCCGCCGGAGCCAUUGUCUUGGGAUCGGAAGGACUUCUUCAAGGAGAGGAAGCACGAGAGGUUGUCGGAGUCGCUAGGUUCCGUGGCCAGAUGGAGACAGACUCCUCACCGCUGGGGAUCGGCCGAUUUCCGCACCAGACCUCCAGGUCACGGUAAGCAGGGUUGGAACCUAUUUUCCGAAGAAUACAGUAAUGGUUUCAUGCCUACUCAUUCAGACCCAUCAGGGUUUCGCGGGGAUGGAAAGUACAUCAGGAACAGCAGGGAAAGGGGCUAUUUUAGCCGGAAUGAUUGGAGAGGUCACCACAAGGAAACCGCAUCUCCGUGUGAUCGGGGCAGGCUGUAUGACGGGAGUGAUCAGAGGUCAGUUGACGAUACUCAUCCUCCCUCUGACUUUGUAAACUCAUGGGACCAACUUAACUGCAAAGACCAGCAUGAUAAGAUCAGUAGUGUAAAUGGGUUGGGCACAGGCCAGAGAUUUGAGAGAGAGAAUUCGCUGGGCUCGAAGGAUUGGAAAUCUCUUAAAUGGAGCCGCUCUGGCUUCUCCUCAAGGGGUUCUAGUUUCAGUCAUUCAAGUAGCUCAAAGAGCAUUGGAGUGGAUUCCAAUGAAGCCAAGGCUGAUAUGCUGCAUGGGAAUGCGACGCCCGUACAGUUACCUUCAUGGGAUGCUGGUGCCUGUAUAACAUCAACUGCUCCAUCUGAAGAGAGUCAUCCCAGUAAGAAGCCACGUCUUGGAUGGGGUGAGGGACUGGCGAAGUAUGAGAAGAAGAAAGUUGAAGGUCCUGAUGGUGCAACCAAAAACGGAAUGGUAAACUGUGCCAGUACAGAUACAGAACCUAUCCAUUCUCAUGUCCUAAACUCGGCUGAGAAAAGCCCUAGGGUUGCAGGUUUGUCAGACUCUGCAUCACCUGCUACUCCCUCAUCAUUCUCAUGCUGCUCAUCACCAGGCGUGGAAGACAAGCCUUUUGUCAAAACAGAAGGUUUCGACAAUGAUACUGGUAAUUUAGGUGGUUCGCAAAAUAUUGAGGUGCAGGAUCCUCUUGAUGGAUUAGCUUUUAGUCUUGAGAAUGUGGAGCUCACUUCAAUUGCUAAUUUGAGCUCUUCACUUAGUAGAUUGCUACAAUUUGAUGAUCUGAACUUGGUUGGCCCUGGUUUCUUGAGAUCUACUGCGACAAAGAAGUUGCUGGUAUGGAAAGGUGACGUUUUGAAGGCAUUGGAGAUGACCGAAUCUGAAAUUGAUUUGCUUGAAAAUGAGCUAAGGUCACUGCUGCCUAAAUUUGGAAGUAAUUAUCCUUGUCCGGCAUCAUCUAGUUCUAUGGCAAUGAAAUGCCAAACAAAACCUUGUGAAGAAGUAGGCGCUAUCUCUAAUUUAAUUUCUAGACCAGCUCCAUUACAGGUAUUUUCUGGAGACAUGAUCGUGGAGAAGGCUGUCCAUGACUUGGAAGAACACACUGAAGUCAAAGAUCAGGAUAUUGAUAGUCCAGGCACUGUUACGUCUAAAUUUAUUAAACCUCUUUCUGUGAAUCUUGCCACUCUUCCUACUGAUGUCAAUUCACAUUGCAAAGGGGAAGAUAAAUUAUAUGAUUUAAUACUGGCUAGAAACAAAGAUUCUGCAUGUAGAGCUUCCGAAGCAUUUAAGAACUUAUUACCGCCGGACCAAAGUCAUAUUGAUAUCUUGGGAGCUAAUGGUGUUUCUUGCGGGCAGAAUAAUCCAUUGAUUAAGGAAAGGUUUGCAACGAGGAAGCGCUUUUUGAGAUUUAAAGAAAGAGUUAGGACCCUCAAGUUUAGGGCACUUCAGCACCUCUGGAAGGAAGAUGUGCGUUUGCUUUCUGUAAGGAAAUAUCGUGCAAAGUCGCAGAAAAGGUCUGAACUAAGCUCGCGCACAGCACACAUUGGCUAUCAGAAGCAUCGGUCUUCCAUACGAUCGCGGAUUUCUUCUGCUGGAAAUUUGUGCCUGGUCCCUACAACGGAGAUAAUUGAUUUGAUGGGCAAGCUCCUUUCAGAUUCCAAGGUGAAGCUUUAUAGGAAUACACUGAAGAUGCCGGCUUUAAUAUUGGACAAGGAGAAGAUGACUUCUAGGUUCAUUUCAAAUAAUGGUCUAGUGGAAGAUCCCUGUGGUUUUGAGAAGGAAAGGGCUAUGGUCAAUCCUUGGACAUCAGAAGAGAAGGAAAUUUUUAUGGAUAAGCUUGCCACCCUAGGGAAAGACUUCAGAAAGAUUUCAUCUUUUCUCAGCCACAAGACAACUGCAGAUUGCAUUGAGUUCUACUACAAAAACCACAAGUCAGAUUGUUUUGAGAAAACAAAAAAGAAGUCAGAGUCUGCAAAGAAAGGAAAAUCCUAUUCUACUAAUAGCUACAUGGUGACUUCGGGGAGAAGAUGGAAUCAUGAGAUGAAUGCUGCAUCCCUUUCUAUGUUGGGUGCAGCUUCAGCAAUUGCAGGUAAUGCUGAUGAUGGUACAGAAGUUCAGCAGAAGUGUAUGGCAAGGUUCGUGGGGACGUCUAGAGAUUGUAAAACACCAGCAGGCGGUGAUGGUAUCCUAGAGAGGUCAAGUAGUGAGAGGGAAACUGUUGCUGCUGAUGUGUUGGCUGGUAUUUGUUGUUCCCUUUCAUCUGAAGCAAUGAGUUCUUGUAUCACGAGUUCUUUCGACCCUGGAGAGGGCUACCAAGAAUGGAAGUGCCAAAAGGUGGGUUCUUUAAAUAGACGGCCUUUAACACCUGAGGUUACACAGAAUGUUGAUGAUGAGACUUGUUCUGAUGAAAGUUACGAGGAGAUGGAUCCUUCUAUUUGGACGGAUGAGGAGAAGUCUAUCUUCAUACAGGCCGUGACAUCGUAUGGUAAGGAUUUUGCAAUGAUCUCACGGUGUGUCAGAACAAGAUCCCGGGAUCAGUGCAAGGCCUUCUUUAGCAAGGCCAGGAAGUGCCUUGGAUUGGAUAUGAUUCAUCCUGUACACAGCAAUGAAGGAAUGGAGGAUGAUGCUAAUGGGGGUGGGAGUGACACUGAAGAUGCUUGUGUUGUGGAGACUGGUUCAGUUGUAUGCAGCGACAAAUCUGCGUCCAAUAUGGAUGAGGACAAGCCUUUCUCUGAUUUGAAAAUAAACCUCAGUGAAUCUGAUCCUGUGGGGACCAUGAACUUGCAGAUUGACAUGAAGAAAUCAAAGGAAAACAAUGUGACAGGACAGAAGGAUUGUAAAGAUCCCAAGUCUGGGUCAGAGAAUUUGGUUAUUGAUGAUUGUCUGUCGGGUAAGCUGGUGCUAGAUUUUGAUGGUGACUGCACUAUAGAGAAUGAUGCCAAUAGCAAAUCUGUGACAGUUAAGGCCCAUACCAAUGCAGUUUUAUUUUCUGAUACAGAAACUGGACAAGAUGAACCUACUGGAGAUUUGUUGGAGGAUGCAGUAUCUCUUGAAGAGGGAAAUGACUGUUGCCUGUCUGCAUCAGGUGCUGAGAAUGAGACGAAAGUUCUAGGUCAGGUUUCUGCUGAGCUUGUUAGAACAGGACUAGAGGAACAGCAACUAUCACAACCUGAAAAUAAUUUGAAAGAUAAACCAGAUGAGAACAAUAAUUACAACGGAAGUGGCCAAAGUGGCUUAAAUUGUGCCAGAGCGGAUCCUAUUACAAUUGGAAACACUAACAAUGUUGCUGCGGAUGUGAAUUCUUCUUCAGGAUUUGGUGCUAAUCACAAAAUCCUGCAUGAGGUUGCCCUGGAGUCAGAUCCUACGCAAGAGCCUUGUGUCAUCUCAUUGCAGCAGCAAGAUGGUUGUCUCGUGAUUGCGAGUUCGGUACCUCGAGAUUCUGUGGCUAUCCAAAAUGAGAAGAUAGGAGAUGAGCAGCGUCAGAAAUCAUUUAGCGCAAAUGAUGAUUACAAAUAUCUGUCUGGAGAACAAGCAAGAGAUCAACCGAGAUCGCAUUCACGGAGUUUGUCAGAUGUAGAGAAACCAGCUUCAUUUCAGAGAUUCUCGAAGUUUGAUAGGAAUUUUUAUUCUGAACCUUUUUUAUCACGGGAUUAUUAUUUUCGAAAGUGUAACAGUUCAAAAACUCAGAGUGCGAGGUCUGAUGUUUCCUGCGUGUCUCGAGAAGAAGCAAGGGAUCAUCCGAGAUUGCAUUCGCGGAGUUUGUCAGAUGUAGAGAAACCUUCCCGGAAUGGUGAUGUGAAACUGUUUGGUCAGAUUCUGUCUAACCCCUCGUCGCAGCAGAAAUUGAAUUUUAGUGCACUUGAGAAUGAAGAUAAGAGGGUACAAAAUCCUAAAUUAAGCAACAAGUCUUCUAACGUGAAGCUCGGUACUCACAGUAUGGAUGGUAAUUUAGUUCCAGCAAAGUUGGAUCGUGAUAAUUAUUUGGGCCUUGAGAAUCUUCCCAGGAGGAGUUAUGGUUUCUGGGACAGGAACAGAAUAAAAACUGGGUUUCAUUCUUUGCCCGACUCUGCUAUCCUGCUGGCAAAAUAUCCUGCUGCAUUUGGCUACGCAUCCUCAUUAAGGAUGGAGCAGCAACCAUUGCAUUCGGUUGUAAAGGUUAAUGGACAUAAUUUAAAUGGUUUAUCAGUUUUCCCAACUAGGGAGAUAGGAUGCAGCAACGGGGUGGCAGAUUUCCAGGUCUACAGGAAUUGGGAUGAUACCAAAGUACAGCCAUUCACGAUAGAUAUGAAGCAGCAGCAAGCAGCGUUAAUUUCUGAGAUGGAAAGAAGAAAUGGGUUUGAGGCAGUACCAAGUAUACAACAGCAGGGAAUGGGGAUGGUUGGAAUUGAUGUCGGGAGAGGAGGGAUUCUUGUUGGGGGAGCCUGCAAUGGUGUAUCAGACCCCGUGGCAGCCAUCAGAAUGCAUUAUGCUAAAGCAGCUGAACGUUACGGUGGGCAGGCAGGGACCAUCUUCGGAGAAGAUUCAUGGAGAGGUAAAGGGGGGAGGUAGGCAGGUAGUAGAAGUGCAGAGGGGACCUUUUGAAGAACACCCCCCUCCCUCAGGUGGCAAAUCUCUUUUUUUACCUAGCUGUAUAGUAGGUUUUUUUUUUUUUUUUUUUUUGUAACUUCAGUGCAGCAAUGAUAGGGCGAUAGAUGGUUUUAAAUUGUGCCUUUUUGGUCAAAGAAUUCUAGUGUUUGUAAUAUUUGUAGCAGCAGCAGCCUUAUAUUUGUUGUAUUUUGGGGAUACAGAAAUAAUCUGUUGUUGGAGUUUUGGGAGUUGGGAAAAUUUAGUUGUUUCCAAUGCAUUCAUCAAUUUUACCAUCAUUGAUGUUUUUGAUAUUUGAAACCUUUAUUUUUUCA